AUGGCAAUAAAAAUAACACCGAAAACUGCUGUUACGUUUACAAAAGUGAUAGUCGCUUUGUGCUUUUCGUGGCCGCUUUCAAAGAACGCUAUUUGUAUGAAUACAAUGAUAUUGAGCGUACCUGCAGCAUACACCGUUUAUCGUAAUGACUACGAUCUACCAAAGCUAACGAAGUUAUGGUGCUUGCUAGGUGUCUUUAUACAGGUCUCUCUGGAGAUAACACAAUGUGCACUGCAAUAUGAUCGAUUGCAAUAUUUGAUUUCGGAAAUGGAGCAUAAUUUGGAGUGUGCGGAACCAUACGAGAAAGAGAUUUAUCAACGGUACGUCGAUAGAUGCGCGAUGUUUUACGCGAGCUCCACACUGGCAGUUUUUCUCACUGCGUGUUUAACGAUAAUUACACCACUGAUAGCGACCGAUCAGAUCUUCCCAACAGAUGCAAAGUACCCUUUCGACGUGGACCGUGAACCAAUGAGAACUAUUAUCUUUUUACAUCAAUUCGUCGCUAUUUGGCAGUGCUUUUCUAUGGUUUGCCUCGGUACCUUUGCUGCUCUUCUCAUGUGGUUUGCCGCGGCACGUUUCGAAAUCUUGUCGCAACAAUUUCGUAUGGUCACCGACAUCUACGGCAUCAUCGAAUGUAUAAGGCAACAUGUGAAAAUAUUAAGGUAA